AUGGAGCUGGACCCGCAUCGACGGCCGCAAUGUGCUGGCCGUGCCCACGCAGACGGAGAUCCGUCUGUACGACAGCGACGACUUCAUCCUUCUCUCGCGUCUCGCGCCGUCGGGCCACCACUCGCCUGUGGCGUUCGUGCGUUGGAGCGCUUUUCACGGUCGUUUAGCGUCGCUCUCGAGUUCCCUGAUCCUCGUACACGCACCGCAGCGAGACCCACAGACCCGUGGCCACGUGCAGUUUGUAGCCAUAUGUUCUUUCCGCCUAGACGAAGCACACGCGAGUAUCCGCGGGCUCGCUUUCUCCCGUAG